UGUGAGAGAGAGUGAUGCUUUCACAAAUGAUGUGCCUUCGUGAAGGUGGGAAGUCAAACUCUUUCGUGACUUACACAACUUGACGCUUAGCAGCACAUGUCAUCGAAACACGCCGAAGUUUUACAGAUCUCGUUGUUUUGUUCAUAAUCUUGGUUUAGAUGCUCCGUGGAAAAAUGUGUUCUUCAUAAAAUAUAAAGCUAACGAAAUGGGAAUGCCUGCUGAACUGGCCCAUCACUGAUAUCAGCAUCUUUCAACAGAAAAGUAAAUAUGGGGAACUGCGGCUCUUUUGAUCCUGAUGACGAAUUUUCCUACCAUCCAGAUGAAUGGUGUGAUCAAUGUAACUGUCCAAAGCCUCCACCCAGUCAGAACUUUGAUCCUCUGAUUCCCUAUCCAUCCCAGUACACUCCUCCACCAUCAUCUCCUCUUCCAGAAAACAUAGUGGUAGCCAUAUACAAAUAUGAGCCAAGCCACAGUGACGAUCUUGGGUUUGAGAAAGGGGAGAAGAUGAAAAUCCUAAAUGCCGAUGAUCCUGAAUGGUACAUGGCAGAGUCUCUGUUUACCGGGCAGAAGGGAUACAUACCACAGAAUUUUGUAGCAAAACUGAACAGCAUUGAGACAGAACCGUGGUUCUUUAAAAAUCUCUCUAGGAAUGACGCCAUGAGGCAAUUACUGGCCCCUGGAAACACGCAGGGCUCCUUCCUCAUCAGAGAGAGUGAGACCAACCCAGGUAGUUUUUCCCUAUCUAUGCGAGACCUUGACCAAACACAGGGUGACAUCAUCAAGCACUACAGAAUCCGCAACCUGGACGCAGGCGGAUUCUACAUCACCACCAAGAUCUCCUUCACUUCCCUCUCAGAGCUGGUCAAACAUUACUCACGAGAGGCUGAUGGACUAUGCGCCCGCCUGGUGAAACCGUGUCAGACCCGAGCCCCUCAGAAGCCCUGGUGGCAGGAUGAGUGGGAAGUUCCCCGUGAGUCUCUCAAUCUAGAGCGCAGGCUGGGGCAGGGGCAGUUUGGAGAAGUAUGGAUGGGGCUGUACAACAAUAGCCGUCGAGUGGCUAUCAAGAGUCUCAAACCAGGUACCAUGUCCAUGAGUGCUUUCCUGGCAGAAGCAAACCUGAUGAAGACCCUGCAGCACCCUCGACUUGUGCGACUUUUUGCUGUGGUUACACAGGAGCCCAUUUAUAUCAUCACAGAGUACAUGGAGAACGGCAGCCUGGUGGAUUUUUUGAAGACUCCAGAAGGAUCUAAUUUAACCAUCAAUGUGCUGAUCGACAUGUCCGCCCAGGUCGCAGAGGGAAUGGCUUACAUAGAGCAGAAGAACUAUAUCCAUAGAGACCUGAGAGCUGCCAACAUUUUGGUGUCUGCUGAGCUCAUUUGCAAGAUCGCUGACUUUGGCCUCGCCCGCCUCAUCGAAAAUAACGAAUACACUGCCAGAGAGGGUGCAAAGUUUCCCAUCAAAUGGACUGCACCUGAGGCCAUAAACUACGGCACCUUUUCGAUCAAAUCAGAUGUCUGGUCGUUUGGAGUACUGCUGACAGAGAUUGUUACUUAUGGAAGAAUCCCAUAUCCAGGGAUGACAAACCCAGAGGUGAUCGCAAACCUUGAGAGAGGGUAUCGCAUGCCUUGCCCCGAUAACUGCCCAGAGGCUCUCUACAACGUCAUGAAACACUGCUGGACAGAGAGCCCAGACAACCGGCCCACCUUUGAGUACCUGCGCAGUGUUCUAGAGGACUUUUUCACUGCCACAGAGAGACAGUACCAGGAGCAGCCAUGCUGAAGAAAUUCAUCUUAUGAACAGCAGAAUUUGAAAAAAAAUGACAGCCCAUGGGGUCAUGGGUUUUAAAUACAGUUUUAAGUAUAGUAAAAAGACAAAAGAAACAUUGAUGAGAAUAAGCCAAUGAUUAACGGUGAAAAUGUUGUCAAUUACCCUCAUGUUGUUCCUAACCCGUAAGACUUUUGUUCAUCUUUGGAACACAAAUGAAGAGCUUUUUGAUGAAAUCGAAGCAAUUUCUGUCUUUCAGUUGACAGCUACGCAAUUGACACUUUGAUCCGUCAUAAAACGAACCCAUGCAAAUUCAGUGGUUUAGUCCAAAUUUUCUGAGGAGACUUGAUCGUUUUAUGAACAGACUGAUUUUAUUCACUUAUAAACAUUAAUGAGUGAACACAAACAGAAGCUCAACUGAACCUGAUUAACAUGCGAGAACAAAACUUAUUCGGAAACUCAAACGUGCUGCUUAAUACGAGAAUGAAUCUCAUUGGUUCUGAAGCUCAAACGUGCUGCGCAACAUGAUAAUGAACCUCAUUGGUUCUCACGUCAAGUGAACAUGCUUGAGCUUUCGUUUACCACAAAGUAUGUGCGAUUUGAUGUUUGUACGUGAAUAAAAACCUAAAUUCAAUCUGUUUAUCAUAUAAAACGCUUGGGUCUCUUUAGAAAAUUUUGGACUAAACCGCUCAAUUCAUAAGGAUUGGUUUUAUGAUCUCUUUAUGAACUUUGGAGGGACAGAAAUCGAAAUUUUUGGGUGAACUAUACCUUUAAACAGGGAUUUGUGGAUUGGAUGAAAGAAUGUCCUGCUUUGUGUUGUCUUUCAGUAUUUCUGCUUUCUGUGCAUUCUGCUAUUUUAAUUUUUAUUUUGUCUUAUUAUUUUUAUAAAUAACUGCAUUAUGAACUACUAAACCAGUAAAACAGUCCGAGAGAUCAA